CGAAAGUGCUGAUACGGAAACAACGUGACACCGUUGAUCAGGUGAUCGAAACCAAACAGGAAGUGAGGCUUAUUUCAUACGCUUGCGUUUGCAGGUGUAAUCAUGAAGAAAAACAAAGGCAAGUCCAGCAGUUCUGCUGAGAAGGAGUUUGUGUUUGAGUUCAGGGCAGGGAAACAUAAUUGUGUCCUCAAAGUGCCUCUGCAGUUCCCCGUUCAAGAGAACAUCAGUGACCUUCAUGGACGUCUGAUGCUUCUGCACAAAAUACCAUGUUACAUCAAAAAAGAGCUCAAAAUGUCACUUGCCAGCUUUAUUGAGAAGGAGACAAUCCUGGAUUAUGACAGAGAGGCAGAACGGACCCUGCAGAGACUGACAAUGGGAGAUGUCGAUAUAAACCAGCUCACAAACACGUGGGACAGGUCUUACGCGGAGACUACACUCGAGCAUGCACGGCCCGAAGAGCCCAGCUGGGAUGAGGACUUUGCCAAUGUAUACCAUGAGCUGAUUCACUCUCCGGCCUCAGAUACUCUUCUAAACCUGGAGCACAAUUACUUUGUGAGCAUUUCUGAGCUCAUUAGUGAGCGAGACAUGGAGAUAAAGAAGCUUCAAGAGAGGCAAGCGACAGAAAUGGACAAAAUAAUGCAUCAGCUGGGGAACACCGUGAGUGACCAGGAUGUCAAUGCAGUAGCCUCUCAGCAUUUUGAUGCACAGCAGGUUCUGGAGAACAAGUGGGCCAGUGAGCUGAAACAAGUGACUAGCAUUCAAAAACAAGAGUAUCAAGAGUGGGUCAUCAAGCUGCACCAGGACCUACAAAAAUCCAACAACAGCAGCAAAAUUAAUGAGGAAAUUAAGAUGCAGCCCAGCCAGCUGUCCGAGCUCACAGAUCCUGAUUCCAGGCUGUUUGAGGAACAGCCUCAGCUGGAGGAGAGCUUCACCAUACAUCUCGGAGCACAACUUAAGACCAUGCACAACCUGCGGCUGGUCCGAGCGGAUAUUCUGGAUUUCUGUAAGCACCGGCGUCACGGCAGUGGUGGAGUAAAAUUGCGGCGGCUACAAACGGCCCUGUCGCUUUACUCGUCCUCACUCUGUGGGUUGGUGUUGUUAGUGGAUAACAGGAUCACAUCCUACAGUGGCAUCAAAAGAGAUUUUGCAAUCGUAGCAAAGGAGUGUACAGACUUCCACUUUCCCUGUCUGGAAGAGCAGCUGGAUGAGGUGCAGCAGGUGGUGCUCUAUGCCAGAGCCCAGCGGAGCAGCAAGCAGAAAGACCACCCUGAAACUCAGAGGAAUGGCAAUGAUGAUAAAAGCAAAAAUGUUGAAAGAAAUCCUUCUAGUAUUUUACCAGGUGAAUUCUACAUUUCGAGGCACUCCAACUUGUCUGAGGUACAUGUGGUUUUCCACCUAUGCGUGGAUGAUAACAUCCGACUAGGGAAUAUCACAGCACGAGACCCGGCCAUCAUGGGUUUAAGAAACAUCCUGAAGGUCUGCUGCACACACGAUAUUACCACCAUCACAGUUCCUCUGCUUCUGGUCCAUGACAUGUCUGAGGAGAUGACUAUACCAUGGUGUCUGAAGAGAGCUGAGCUGGUAUUCAAAUGUGUCAAAGGUUUCAUGAUGGAGAUGGCCUCAUGGGAUGGGGGUUUAUCACGUACAGUCCAGUUUCUAGUGCCAAAGAGUAUUUCAGAGGAAAUGUUCUACCAGUUGAGCACCAUGUUGCCUCAGAUCUUCCGUGUCUCCACUACCCUCACGCUUACAUCAAAGAACUGAUGAAGAACAAGAACACUUCACAUUAUGCCCCCAAGGAAUUUGGAUUCAUGGCAAACUUUUCUCCCACUUCCUAAAUACGUCAAACUACUUUUGUUUUGAUUGUACUGGUAACUGUGAAAAUGGCAGAAACUUUGAGAGGAUAUUGUCAAAGAGUCUACACACAUUAUUUGCACUGGUUUAAAAUAUGUUAUGGGAGCAUUCUAGCACCGAUUGUAGAAGCAAAAAUGAGAUUUGAACCUGGUCGAGACGGGUUUAUGCCAUAGAUGAAUAUUCUUUUCCCGUAGCUUCACACGUUAAAAUUGGCACUAAUUAAACAUUUUGGACUGAAUUCUGCACUUUAUCAAAGCAGCCAUGACAGAUAUUGAUUUGAGCCUCCAUCGUGAAUGUUUGCUAGCACAUGUAUAUAUUUUGAAUGACAUCAUGGGGCCAUCCAGUGUUCAUUUUCUAUUAAAGGUACAGCCACUU